AUGAGUGCAAGCUCAAGUUCAAUCCGGCAAAGGAGAUUGAAGCAUUGCUGGCUAGUAUGCAAGGCCGGUUGCCCCAGAGAUUCUCAUAUACUGCAUUGGAUACUGCAACAGAAGGAUAUAGCACAAAGCUGGGAUCUGUUACAAAUAGGGGUUUUGAGCGAUGGUAGAGUUGUGGCAGUCAAGAAGCUCGACUACAGUGGAACUCAAGGGGCAAAACAAUUUGUGAAAACCGAGAUUGCUGGAACUGGAGGCAUAAACAUUGUCAAACUUUGUGGCUUUUGCAUCGAAGGAGCAACACAGUGGCUGCUGGUGUACGAAUUUAUGCCCAAUGGAUCACUCGACAAAUGGCUUUUCGAGCAAACUUCAGAGAAUUUAUGGCUCAGUUGGCAGCAGAGGAUCGACAUUGCCCUUGGCACGGCUCAAGGACUUGCGUAUCUUCACGAGGAAUGCAGGGAGCCCAUACUGCACUUGGACAGCCGGGAGCCCCAAAACAUUCUGCUGGACACAGAGUUUGUCGCAAAGGUGGCGGACUUCGGGAUGGCCAAGCUGCUUGAGAAUUGCAAUGAGACGCAGGUCAUGACGAUAAUAGGUGGCACUCCAGGCUACAUGGCUCCCGAAUGGCUCACACAUUUCAUGGCUACAAAGAGAUGCGACGUUUACAGCUAUGGAAAGGUGCUUUUGGAACUAAUUGGGGGUCGCAGGAACAUUGAUCUCUCAAAGGCUGUGAACUCUGGGGACAACACUCAGCCGGAGGAGAGCCGGUUUUUUCCAACUUGGGGAACCAGGCUUUGCUACAAAGAGCCAGUUCUUUUGAUAGUGGCGGAGAGUGGAUUCGUGGCUGCCAUUUUUGAUAGUGGCGGAGAGUGGAUUCCACAGCAAAAGGACUCUCAAUGGCAAGGAUCCUUUUUCAAGUUUGUCAUUCUUCGGACUAGUGGGGUUUUCAUGAAAGACCAGCUUGAGUUGGAGCUGGAGAACCUCAUCAACUAUGGCAUGUUCCAGACCAUGGAGAUGGAAGGCAUCACUCAGGCUGAUGAGACUAUGAAGAUCAACAUUAACUUUGUUGAGAGCCUGGGAAGCAAGAAGAAUAGUACAAGAAGUGGGUGA